AUGUUGGAAUCCGUUGAAAUAUAUGGUCCUCAUUUGAAACCUCCAAGCUUUCAUGAAAUGAGGGUUUCACUCCCUCAAAAUGAGUUGGAAUAUACAAAAAUGGGAACCAUGUUUGUGAAAGGUGUCGAUGCUUCUAACUAUGCCAAGACGAGGGAUAAGCUAGCUGAGUUGUUGGACACUUUUGAUGAGGAAAUUGGUGACAAAAAUGUUGUUCAAUUGAUUACCAAUAAUGGAAGUAAUUAUGUGAUGGCUGGUAAAAUAUUAACUUUGAAUAGGCCAAACAUGUUUUGGACACCAUGUGUUGCUCAAUGUAUAGAUCUUAUGUUAGAUCUUAUGUUAGAAGACAUAAGAAAAAUUCCAAGAGUUCAUAAGAAAUGGAGUGACAAGAGUUCCAAGGAUCCUAAAGGGAAAAGGACAACUAGUAUUAUACUUAUGCCUUCAUUUUUGAAUGAUGUUGUCUACACUCUUAAGGUAAUGGCGCCUCUUGUAGAUGUGCUAAGAAUGGAUGGUUACUAUCUGAAUUCCAAAUAUUUUUAUAAUAAACUAGAAAUUGAGAAUGAUCCUAAAUUGGUGAGAGGCCUCCGUAAAUGCAUUGAGACACUUUGUGGAAGUCAUGAAGUGGAAGUUAUGAUUUUAGUACAAUUGACAAAAUACAAGGGUGUUACAGGUCUCUUUGAUAAUUUUUUACCUGCUUCUGAGUGGUGGAAGCCUUAUGGCGUUGAAACUCCAGAUUUGUAA